UCGAGAACGGGAAGCAGCGCCAGUCCAGAUACGUGUACGAAUACGGAUACGGAUACGGAUACGCCAGUUGAUUUCGAAAAUCCGUCGCGUGCGGUUCGCUGCCCCAUCUCCCGUCCGGAUUCGCACAAAAGUUAAAAAAAAACCCACUCUUUCCGAUCGAAUAAAUCAAGCGCAACAAUCCAAGCACAAAGCACAAGCAGGGAGCUAAUCAAUUCGGUGGCGGCCAUACUUUGUUGGCCGCUGAUUCUACCCCCUUCCGUUCCCCUAAUUGCGUUUGUGUAGGGCCAUUUGUUCAAGUCACGGCCGAACAGCGAAAAGUUUGCUCGCGAAAAUAAUUUGCAACACGUGUUGACACAGUGCGUAUGAUAAAUGUGUGCCCGGCAGCACAGUAGCACAGUUUAUGAGUGCCAGUGAGUGUGCCAGUGUGUGAGAAGAGGCCCUGGCUUCGAUCUGAAUAAUUUGGAUAAAGCUAAAGAAAACCACGCGUUAUGCCACUGCUAACACUUGCGGAUAUAUCGAAAUCAGAGUCAGAAACAGAAUCCGAGACAGAGCCAGAGCCAGAGAAUCGCAGCGGCGAAAGCACAAAUCCCCACAAAAGGAACAACAAACAAUAACUAGAAAAUAAAACAAACACGGAUACGUAUCAACAAUAAAUAAUCAAAAUACAGCGCUCAAAUUACCAAAGAAGCUAACUUUAGCCUAAGCUUAGAUUCAACGCACCAGUUCGUCUUGGAACUUAGAGGAGCUCUGAGGAUUGCUCCUGGCAAGUGAACCCCCUCGAAGUGCAGCAUCCGGAGGAGGAGUUGUAUUUCUCGCACAAAAUGCUACAGCAUCCCGCCACAGAUUUCUACGAUUUGGCGGCGGCCAAUGCGGCCGCUGUCCUCACCGCCCGCCACACGCCCCCCUAUAGUCCCACGGGCCUCUCUGGAUCUGUAAUUCUGCACAACAAUAACAACAACAACAGCACCACAAGCAAUAAUAACAACAACAACACCAGCAGCAGCACCCUGGACAUAAUGACGCACAACGGCGGAGGAAGCGGAGGAUUACACCUGAACAGUGGCAGCAAUGGAAGCGGCGGAGGCGGAGGAGGGUUGGUCAGCGGUGCAAGUUCGGGGGGCAGAGAGAACUUGCCCAGCUUUGGCUUCACCCAGGAGCAGGUGGCCUGUGUCUGUGAGGUCCUUCAGCAGGCGGGCAAUAUCGAGAGACUGGGCCGUUUCCUUUGGUCUUUGCCACAAUGUGAUAAGCUGCAGCUGAACGAGUCCGUGCUGAAGGCCAAGGCGGUCGUUGCAUUCCAUCGUGGCCAGUACAAGGAGCUGUACCGCCUGCUCGAGCAUCACCACUUCUCGCCCCAAAAUCACGCCAAGCUCCAGGCCCUGUGGUUGAAAGCGCAUUAUGUGGAAGCCGAAAAACUGCGAGGAAGACCCUUGGGUGCUGUUGGCAAAUAUCGUGUUCGCCGUAAAUUUCCACUGCCCCGCACCAUCUGGGACGGCGAGGAGACGAGCUACUGUUUUAAGGAGAAAUCCCGCUCGGUAUUGAGAGACUGGUAUUCGCACAAUCCAUAUCCAUCGCCGCGAGAGAAACGCGAUCUGGCCGAGGCCACAGGACUGACCACCACCCAGGUUUCCAAUUGGUUCAAGAAUCGACGACAAAGAGAUCGAGCCGCCGAGCAUAAAGACGGCUCCACGGACAAACAACACUUGGACUCCUCCAGCGACUCGGAGAUGGAGGGCAGCCUCCUGCCCAGCCAAGGUGCGCAACAGCAGCAGCAACAGCAGCUCUCGCCUGGCAACAGCGGCGGCAACAACAACAACAACAACGGCCUCCAUCAACAGCAACUGCAGCAUGUUGCCGCCGAGCAGAGUCUGCAACACCACCCACACCCACACCAGCAACAUCCCGCCGCCAGCAGUGUCGCCAGCAAGGGCGGCAGCACCGCCAGUGGCGGCGGAGGCGGUGGGGCAGUCAGUGCGGCAACUGCUGCACAAAUGCAGAUGCCCCCACUCUCCGCAGCCGUGGCCUAUUCGCACCUGCACAGCGUGAUGGGGGCCAUGCCCAUGACCGCCAUGUACGACAUGGGCGAGUACCAGCACUUAUGAUUCUAGUUGGAGGCGGCCGCUGCCGCCGGGGGCCCAGGGGUCAGUGGGACGGGCGGCAGUGGCAGCAGCAGCCACAUCACCCACGACUGGUCGCCGGCGUUGCAACGCCAGCGCCAGCGCCACCAGCAGCAGCAAUCGGAUAGCUUCUACUUCUGAGAUAGUGAGUUCGCAAUAUUGCCGAAACCCAUCAGCAUAGCAACAAAUUCUAGAUAUGAAUAUCACUCAUAUACCUAAAAGCACUGGCAGGACUUAAAACCAAGACGAUUUUGGAUCCAGAACCACUCGCAGCAAUAUCCUGUUGAAUACCAAUAUUGUUAUCAGGCAACAGAAGAGACUAACGGCUUUAACAUAUUGCUUUUAGUUUCCGUAUUUGAAAUUGAUCAAUUUUCACUUUGUUUAGAAUUAACCAAACCAUCAGGGCUGCCAGAGAAAUCGCAGUGGCUUUGAAAUCUACUAAAAUGGCGUCCAAAAGUGAGCUACAGAAAUCACUACGGUUCCUUAAAGCCCUUAAAAGGUGUCCAAAGUGAAGCUACUGAGAAAAUUUACACCGAUACCUCAAGAAUUGCAUUGUAUACCUUUGUAUAAACUCUAGUGGUUUCUGGAGAAUCCUAGAAUGAUUUGGAUGGAGAGGAAUUCAUUUCAUAUUUUUCUAUACCUUUUCAAUUGAUUUCAAAGACUAGGAAACGCUCUCGCACCAAAAAUCUCUCAUUCAAAAUCGUGGUUUCAGUUCAGGCAGUACCUUGGUAAGUGAUGGAUAUGUGAUUGAAAGCACAACCACUCUUCCGGAUAGCACAACUUGGCAUUUUCUUCAGCCAUCGAGGGAGAGAUAUAGAACUAUACAUAAGUGGAAGGAUUGGCACCCAAGCUGCAGCACAGGCUUUUAGCUAAACUCCGGCUAAAACACACAGAUACAGCCACCAAGCCGCAUCGAUCUAUGUAAAUAGCUAGGCUUUAGUUUUAGGACGGUUGGACAGCCGACCGAAAUGCAAAUCAAAUUAAAAUGUGCAAAAAUUAAAUAUACCACUUACAUGCAUAAAUUAUACACUUUUAAUUGUAGCCUCUAGUAAUUAUA